AUGUGGCAGUCUCAGUACCAUGGACUGCCACGUCAAUACAGUGAAUUGGCUUCCCACAUCAGAAUGAAACAUUUCUUCAAAGACAAUGAUCUCCCCACCUCCAUUCCCGACAACGGAUCGAUCGGUCACGAGACGGGUUCUAGCCCUACAUCGCCCGAUGCGGAUAUCUCGAUCGAGAACGCCGCUUUCCGUUGCUUCCCUCGGGGCAAGGAUCUUAACUCUGCUCGUGCGAUAUUGGCUGAGAUGUUGGGGACUUUCAUUUUAAUGUUUUGCAUAAGUGGGAUCAUUGCCAGCACUAAGCAACCAGAAGGAGGGGAAGCUCUGCUGGAGUAUGCCAUCACGGCCGGGCUAACGAUCGUCGUGCUGAUCUUCUCAAUCAGCUCGAUAUCUGGUGCUCAUGUGAACCCAGCUCUCACCAUUGCCAUUGCAGCAUUUGGAUAUUUUCCUUGGUCCAGGGUGCCGCUUUACGUAUUGGCUCAGAUUUUGGGGUCUGUAUUGGCGACGUUGAUGGGAGAGUUCAUCUAUGGCAUAGAAUCGGAGCUAAUGUUGACGCAACCGAGCCAAGGGUGUCGAUCGGCGUUCAUGGUUGAGCUCAUUUCCACGUUCAUCGUCGUUUUCGUUGUUGCGGCAGUCACUCAACAAUCAGAAUCCGUUGGUCAAGUAUCUGGCUUGGUUAUUGGAAUAGCCAUUGGACUUGCGGUCCUGAUCUCAGGGCCCGUUUCGGGAGGAUCGCUGAACCCGUCGAGGUCCAUAGGACCGGCGAUCGUCUCGAGAAACUUCGAAAACAUCUGGAUUUAUCUCACGGCCCCCAUAAUCGGAGCUGUCCUAGGAGCCCUCGUGUAUAAAUUUCUGCAUCUCCACGACCAAGCCUGCGGCUCCGGUUCCUCGCCCGACAGCAACAUGCUUAGCCACUCCUUGGCUUUUGGACGGAGCUAGUGAAGAAGACGGUUGAUUUUCUUCCG